UCCGGAAUCGCGUAAACGAGUGCUUCUCAACCUUCAAUCUUCAUUGUCCCUCAUAAGCGAAGUAUGUACCUGUAUAUCUGAUAAAUAGACAAACAACUUCUCUUAGCAAUACAAACUUGAUCAAAGUAAGAAUCCAAUCAACUGAAAUAAUAUCCUACAAUGAAGAAACGUCAGGAUUGUUGAAAGUUGAGGACCAUUUUUAUGAAACAUGAAUCAUAACAUUGAUCACGUGAUUGUCAGUAUGUAUUGUCAGCACGCGGUAAUAGCACUUUCGCACACUAUGCUCGAUCGCGUGUACGUGAGCUCAUAGAAAUUCGUAAGGUCGAAAAAGGAAGGCAAGUGUCAGCGGUGUUUUUCUCAAUGAUAUUACCACAGACGAGGUAUACGAGUAUGAUAUUACUAACAAAGAACGAAGUACUUAAAUGUACAGCAGCGUGAUAAUUUUAUCGACCUUAAUUUUGUGAUUGAAGUGACAGUAUAUAAAGAAUGACGGAUUUCUUGACGCAUACAAAUGUGAUGAUAAACAGCAGCGUCGAAGAUAAUGUUGACAAUUAUAUAAACAACGAAGACGACAGAGAACGGUUGUUGAAACCGAGGAACAAUUUUGCGUCGUAUUCAAAUGAUACCAUCAAUGUUAGAUUUCGGAAUGUAACAUACAACCAGAAUGGCGGGUCUUUGCAAAAUAUCAAAGAGAUACUUUCGCACAAUUCAGGAAGACUGAAUUCGGAAGAAGUUACUCCUGGAGCCACUAACUUUUUAUCAGCUAAUUACGAGAGUUUAGAUUAUGAUCCCUGUGAGAAUAAUGUUCUGCAAGAUGAAGAAAGGAUAAAAGGAUAUAAAUUUGUAGUUCAAAAAAAUUUUGCCAGAUGGUUCAUUUUCUUAUUGAUAGGGAUCUUCACAGCUCUUAUAGCAUGUUUUGUACAUAUUUCAAUACAUGAAUUAACAAACAUAAAAUAUGGAUGGCUCAAAUCUUAUAUGGAUCAAUGUGUAUCAAGAAAUUGUUUAUGGCUACCAUAUUUAAUAUGGUUAGUUCUAAAUUUUGUACCUGUCUUAAUAGGAGCUCUUUUAGUAUCCUAUAUAGAACCAGUUGCUGCAGGUAGCGGUAUACCACAGGUGAAAUGUUAUUUAAAUGGAGUUAAAGUACCUCGAGUUGUUCGUAUUAAAACAUUAGCAGUAAAAACAAUUGGAGUAAUUUGUACUGUAGUGGGAGGUCUGGCUGGUGGGAAAGAAGGACCUAUGAUACAUUCUGGGGCUGUGGUAGCAGCAGGGAUAUCGCAAGGAAAAAGCACUACAUUUAACAAAGAUUUUAAAAUAUUUAAAUACUUUAGAGAAGACCAUGAGAAGCGAGAUUUUGUGUCAGGUGGAGCAGCUUCUGGUGUAUCUGCUGCAUUUGGAGCACCAAUCGGAGGAGUAUUAUUCACUAUUGAAGAAGGAAAUAGUUUUUUUAAUCAAAGUCUAACAUGGAGAAUAUGUUUUGCCAGUAUGAUUACAACGUUUACAUUAAAUAUUGUACUUAGUACAUAUUAUGGACGAGUUGGUGACCUUUCUUAUCCGGGUUUGCUAAACUUGGGAAAAUUUGGCUCAAUGUCUUAUCAGAUUUAUGAAAUUCCUCUAUUCAUGUUAAUGGGAGUAAUAGGUGGAGUUCUAGGCGCUUGUUGGAAUUACAUAAAUUACAAAAUCACCUGUUUCCGUCUCAAAUUCAUAAAAAGAAAAUGGCUAAAAGUAGUAGAAGCUCUUUUAAUAGGUGUACUAAGUGCAACAAUAGGAUUUAUAAUGAUUUACAUGAUAAACGACUGCAAACCAUUAGGGAAAGCCCCCGCUAAAUUUCCCAUUCGGAUGUACUGUAAUGAAGGCGAAUAUAACGUGGUCGCAGCUUUAUGGUUCCAAACACCAGAAAGUACUGUACGAUCUUUAUUUCAUGACCCUAAAGGCUCUCAUAAUGACACAACUUUAGUCAUUUUUGUUAUACUUUAUUUUUUCCUGGCUGUUUUCACCUUUGGUCUGUCUAUGUCUAGUGGACUUUUCAUUCCAACUCUUUUAAUUGGUUCUGCAUGGGGUAGACUAAUAGGAUCGGGUCUUUCAAAACUUGUCCCCAACAACGUUAUUUUAGAUCCUGGAAAGUAUGCUUUAUUAGGUGCAGCUGCCCAAUUAGGCGGAGUAGUUAGAAUGACAAUAAGUUUAACUGCCAUACUCAUAGAAGCUACUCAAGGAAUAUCUUUCGGUUUACCAGUUAUAAUAGUUCUUAUUAUGGCUAAAUGGGUUGGGGAUUUUUUUAAUGAGGGAAUUUAUGAUAUUCAUAUACAAAUGGCUGGAAUCCCAAUAUUACCAUGGGAAGCACCACCAUUAUCAAACAACAUAUAUGUUAGUGAAAUAAUGAGUCACCCUGUGGUAACACUAAAAACAGUAGAAAAUGUAGGACAUAUUGUAGAACUUCUUAAAUGCGUGACAUUUAAUGGGUUUCCAAUAGUCGAUCCCCCUAAUAGUGAUCAGAUUGAAAUACAUUCCUAUGGUCACUUUCGAGGUCUGAUUUUACGUUCUCAAUUAAUAGUAUUGUUGCAAAAUAAAAUUUUCAAUGAACAAGCUGAUAAUUGGGAAGCAAAUUUGAAUAUUAAAAUGUUCAGAAACGAAUACCCUAGAUAUCCAACGAUCGACCAAGUCACUUUAACUGAAAUAGAAAAAACUUACACAAUAGAUUUGAGGCCUUUCAUGAAUCGUUCUCCUUACACAUUACAACAUUCUGCAGCAUUACCACGUACAUUUAGACUUUUUAGAGGGUUAGGUCUUCGUCAUUUACCAGUAUUAAAUGACACAAAUGAGGUAAUUGGAAUUAUUACACGAAAAGAUGUUGCCAGAUUUAGGAUAUGGAGACAUAGAGGAAGAAUGGGAUUAGAUGAACUUUUAAUUACUAAUAAAAUUUAAUUUUAAAUUUCUUGACAGAAAUAAAAAACUUUGAUAAUUGUUUCUAUUAAAAAAUUUUUAAUGAUACAAUAUUACACUUAUUAUACUUUUAUAUAAAUACAAAAAAGAUUUUUAAGCAAUACGAGGCUAAAAUUUCAUGGAAAGAAAAACAUCAAAGAUUUAAGCAUUACAAGAAACAUAAAUUAAAGACAAAGUAUACAUAAUAUUAAUUAUUUACAAAUAAUUGCCAGCCCAGCCAUGACCAUAAUUUAAAAAAAAGGUAUACUGGAAGAAUUACUAGCAAUAAAAGAAAAUAAUAUUCGUAUGAUGAAAUGUACAUGUUUGUUUAUUUAAUUUUUAGAGUGGUAUUCUGCAUUGUAAACAUCUCUAGUGAUCUAUGUGAUGUAAUAUCCGAAACGUUUAUAUACAACCUGGAACAUACAAAAAUAUUUUAUUGUAGAAAACAAUACAAACAGUAAAUGAGAAUGGCAUUGAAUCAAUAAUAUCAGUAUCAUCUUGUAUAUUACGAAUCUGGUAUCGAACAGUAUCAAACAAAAUCUAUGAGUUUUUAGAAACUGUGACAAUGUUGUGUACCCUUAAGAACUACGUAGUUUUACAUUUCGGUUGUAAUGGUUUUUCUCGUUGGAGUGCCUAUAAAUAACUAGGGGUGUGCGAGAUCCCGAUCGGGAGGGGAAUUUUUCUCGAGAUCGGGAUGGAAUCCCGAAAACAUCCGUGAUUCCUUCGAAUUUUCAGGAUCCCGAAGCCAUUCGGAAUUCCCGAGAAUUUCAAAAUCCCAAAAAUGUUCGGGAUUCUCGAAAACGUCUGUGAUUCCCGACAUUUUAAGUUUCUCCAUACUUCCAACAAUUACCAGAAUCCGAAAGCCAUUGUGUUCUCGAAGAUUACAUAUUUUAUUAAUCGGAAAUGUUUAUGUUAGUAAUAUUGUAGAAAAUAAUUGCAAAUUUCGAUAAUUCUGACAAUGCAGAAUUUUAAUAUCGGUAGAUAUUUCUGAAUGGAUAGUCAAUCACACAAUUGUGUUUCGAGAAUCCCAGAUAUUAUUCUAUAUCCCGUAUAUUCUCGGGAAUCCCGGAUCUUCGCGGGAUUACGUGUAUUUUCGGGAAUUCCGGAUAUUUUACGAGAAUCCCGUACACCCCUAUAAAUAACAUACAGUCGGUAUGAUUGCUGUACUAAUAUAGGCCUGACGAACUUUCUUUCCGUUGCGAGCCACUCGACUAACCUUUCAGCUAGCAGAUUCCCUCACCUGCAGAAUGCAAGUGAUGAGAGUUACGGUGUGUGUGCGAAGUAUGUUGCGGUCGUGACGCUCGAGUGGGAAGAAAAGGCGAAGUGUGGCCCAUGGGCCGCCAGUUCGUCAGGCCUGUACUAACGUAUUGUACUUGUAUAAUUACGAAACAAAUUUUAGUUAAUAUAAUAUAAGCAAAUGCAAAAUUUAAUAUGAAAUAAGUAAAAAACUGUUACAAGCUCUGACCCUGCUAAAUCCACAUGAACUUUAGCAAUGCUGUUUUACCAUUCUAAUCAAAACACUGUUAUUUAAUAUUUAACCAUGACUGAAUACAGAUCUGUAAAUGUUAAUUCUGAUAUGGUUAAAUGUAGAUGUAUACUCUUGUAAUUUGUUGAUCAUCAUGACAAAUGCUAAUUGAACUGGAAACUGAAUAAACUGAAUUCAAGUUGCUUUUGUACACGAUUAAUAAUAAUGGUUGGA